GUCAUCCCUGGCCCCGCCUUUCACGCUGAGGGGGCAUGGAGGGGCGGGGAAUGGUGGGCGUGGCCACUGCUGAGCCCCGCCCAGCCCGGCGCAGCGGCGAUGACGCGCGCGCGCGGCGCGCGGGCCCCGGCAUGAGGACUUUGUGGAGAUUGGGAUACUGUGCCAGACUACUGAAAACUAAUCAUUUUAGAACAGCUGCAUCAAAUCCAUCAUUUCCAGCAGUUUGGAUGCUAUUGGCACAACAUUCUGGCACAAUACCUGGGCUCUUUGUAGUAGUUCAAAAAAACACUUUGUUCACAAUGCCCGAAACCGUGGAGGAUAAAACUAAUCCAGAACUGUAUCUGCCACAUCCUGGAGUGCGUGGGAUGACAGUGCUCAACAGAGAGGCUUUCAAAAGGACUCUGGUUGUUCCAGCUCUUAAAGUCAGGAAGGAAAUUGUGCACAGAGUGCUGAAGUCUCUGAAACAAUCGGUACUGAAGCGCCCCGGCCUCAAGCGUGUGGUGGAGGACCCAGAGGAUGAGGACAGCAGAUUUGUUAUCCUGGAUCCUCAUCAAGUGCCAGAUUUCUCAUUAGGGGAGUCAGAGCAGCAGGUCCUGAGGGAGCUCAGUGUCCCUGCUGAGGUGUGCAAGCACCAGCUGGAGCUGAGCUAUGAGAAUUUCAAGUCGGAGGAGAUCCUGAGGGCCGUCCUUCCCCAGGGCCAGGAGGUCACCUCUGGCUUCAGCCGUGUGGGGCACAUUGCUCACCUGAACCUCAGGGAUCACCAGCUGCCCUACAGACACCUCAUUGGCCAGGUGAUAAUGGACAAGAAUCCAGGAGUCACCUGUGUAGUGAAUAAAACCAACAUUAUUGACAGCACAUACAGGAACUUUGAAAUGGAAGUGCUUGCUGGAGAGAGCAACCUGGUGACCAAGGUCAAAGAAAAUAACAUUUCCUACGAGCUGGACUUCUCCAAGGUGUACUGGAACCCGCGGCUGUCCACGGAGCACGGCCGCAUCGUGGCGCUGCUCAGGGCCGGCGAUGUUCUGUUCGAUGUCUUUGCCGGCGUCGGCCCUUUCGCCAUCCCGGCGGCCAAGAGGAGGUGCCGGGUGUUUGCCAACGACCUCAACCCCGACUCCUACUCCUGGCUGCUGCACAACUGCCGGCUCAACAAAGUGCACAGCCAGGUGAAGGCGUUCAACAUGGACGGCAGGGCCUUCCUGCGGGGGCCGGUGAGGGAGGAGCUCAGCAAAGAGCUCCCGCUGCUGGGGGAGGAGCACCAAACUGCGUUCCACAUCGUGAUGAAUCUGCCAGCCCUGGCUGUGGAGUUCCUGGAUGUCUUCAGGCAUCUCUUGGUGGGGGAGCCCUGCAGCCCUGCCGGCCUCCCCACUGUGCACUGCUAUGGCUUCUCCAAGCACAGCGACCCAGCCAGGGACAUCCAGGAGCGGGCAGAGGCCGUGCUGGGAACCUCCUUGGCCGGGCGCUGCUCCACCUUCCUGGUCAGGAACGUGGCACCCAACAAGGAGAUGCUGUGCCUCAGCUUCCAGCUCCCAGCAGAUGUGCUCUACAAGAGGCCCUGCCCUGAGGAAGCAAAACCAGCCUCAAAACGUCUCUGUACCAGCCAAGAUUGUUCAGAAGAGAAGGCACUGAGUUGAAGACUAUGGUGACUGCCUUAGUUUGUGCAAGGGAUAUUUGGGGUGUCUCUGGUUUACCCCUUGAGUUAUGAGGAGCAGAGCUGUGUUCCCAUCAAGAUGCAGCUUUAUUUUGGGGGCCUUGCUUCCUGCAGUCACCUUUUCUUCUCAUUGUGGGAUCGACUGAAAUUGCUACUACAAAAAAUUAAAGCUUUAUUCUCUUAUAAUAAAUGUGUUUUGGUACUU